AACUGCAUGUUUUGUUGGUAAUCACGCUGAGGUGGAGGUUUUCCCUCGAGCCGCACGAGGGCAGCAGCGCCGCUUUGGAGCACCUCAACCUUUGAGAAGCAGCCGCAUCCUUCCCUUCCCUUCAGGUGAGUCUGGAGUUACCUGAUGCUGGUGUCGAGGCGCGUGGAGCCCGAAACCGCGGGGAGCGCGUCUGCGGUGCCGCGUCAGGGUGUUGUCACCCCUUGGAUUGUGGUGGAAACAGCUGGCACGGCGCUGUCGAGAUUGCGUAAAUACGCGCUGCAUGGUUCACACGGAGGAACGCUGAUAUCAUGCUGUGUCCAAACAUUUACGCGGAGCCGCUCCGACGCACCGCGGGCUCGCCGUAAACAAAGGCUGGGCCUCGUCCUCUCCAAAGUGGCCAGGAGGCUGUGAAGCACGCAGUUCAGAAGCCAUUGUGUCUGACAACGAGCCUCAGAACUACACAGCGGAAAUUUAAAGUUUUUGCUUAAUUGAAAGGAUAAAAAGUGCGAGUCAGUCCUUCAGCCAUUACACUCCUGUAGAGUUUUCAUUUAAAGACUUUGUUUCAUUUAUUAAAGGAUUGUUUUUUUUUCCCACUCUAUCACCGGGGUGCAAAUAGAACCAUGGAGCUGUAGGGGGACUGGUUGCCCUGGAUAAUUGCCUUUUGUUUGAGGGUAUAAAACUCUCCACCGUAAAGGUUUUCUCUUGGAUUAUUAAGGCGCUAGUGAAGGUCAGUGUUCUCCAACUCUUCCUCUCCUGGUCUUUGAUCCAGUGCCAUCCCUCAGCUUGUUCUUUUUUUUUCCCCCUCCACUCUUGACUUUGAGGUUUUGGCGGGAUUAAGCAUUAAGCCUCGGGACGCCCUUUCAAGCAUAUUUUUACCCCCCCAAGGGAAUACAUUCAGGCCAAGACAUAACCGAAAAUUACACCGCGGGAGGAAGUGGUGAAGGAGAGACGAGUGCUGCAGAAGAAGGGACAGAGGGGACUGAAGGGCAGAUGAAUUCACUGCUUGAAAACACCCACAGCUGGAUGAAUAAAACAUUUGAAUAGAGAGGGAGCCGUGACAUCUGGCUGAGGAGCGACUGACUCUCAUUCCAUCUCUUUUUGGAGAGAGAGGAGUUCCGGUGCGCGUCCAGACAGACCGAAACGAGCUUGUGCCUCUGCUUGUUUCCCCUGACCUCUCUCGGUUUAGUUCCACCUCCCUCCUUACUCUCCGUCCUCCCCCCGCCGCGGUGGGUGAUGGUGCGCCCCCUCCUCUCGGUCCUGGAGACAUGCCUGUGCAGGAGAUGGCGGUGAGUUCUGUCAAGUCCCUGUAUUGGGAGCAUUUGCCCCCCAUGUCGCAGCGCCGCGUCUACUGCACUCCCGUCUACCACGAGGGCCUGCUGUACGUGAUGGGGGGCUGCAGUGAAACCGGCAUGCCCCUGGACAGCGUGGAGGUCCUGGACGUGGAGAGCCAGACGUGGAGCCAGCUGCCGCCGCUCCCCACAGCGCGGGCCGGGGCCUCCGCUGUGGCGCUGGGGGGCCAGGUGAUGGUUCUUGGGGGCAUGAACCAGCAGCAGACCCCGCUGGCAUCUGUGGAAAUGUACCACCCUGAUGAGGGCAAGUGGGAGACGAGGGCAAGCCUGGGCCAGCCUUCCAUGGGAGUCACCGCUGUCGAGAAAGACGGGAAGGUGUACGCUCUGGGGGGUAUGGGAGCAGACACAGCGCCCCAGGCCCUGGUCAGGGUGUACGACGCGGAGAAGGACCAAUGGCAGCCACUGACCUCCAUGCCCACGCCGCGGUACGGAGCCACGCCUUUCGUACGAGGAAACAAAAUCUACAUGAUGGGUGGUCGUCAGGGAAAGAUGCCCGUGACGGCGCUGGAGGCUUUCGACCUGGACAUGAAGAGCUGGACGCGUUACCCCUGCAUCCCCAGCCGGAGGGCCUUUUCCUGCUGCGCCACGAAUGAGCGAAGCCUGUUCAGCCUGGGGGGCCUCCAGCAGCCGGGGCCCCACAACUUCUACUCCAGACCUCACUUCGUCAGCACCAUGGAGGAGUAUGAUGUGGAUCAAGGUAUUUGGAUCAAACCCAGCCGAACAUCCAGGAUGAGGGAGAAGAGGGCUGACUUCGUGGCAGGAUGCCUGGGAGGUAGAGUCAUCGUGGCUGGUGGUCUAGGUAAUGAACCGUCGCCGCUGGGCACCGUGGAGAGCUACAACCCGGUGAAGCGGCGCUGGGAGUACGCGGCGCCCAUGCCAACCGCACGCUGCUCCUCCGCUCUCCAGCAGACGUCCAGCAUGCUCUUUGUCAUCGGCGGAGUGGCCCAGGGACCCAGUAAUGCUGUGGAAGUUCUCUGCUUACAGGAAACAGUGUGACCCACCAAUAUAUUCGCAGGAGGAGUAAAUGCAAAGCUGGCACGGAUAUCUCAUUCAUGUAUGUGCAUAGAAACAGACACAAACACAUAAAUUGGAACCAUGGAUCACAGAUACUUUUUUUUUAAUAUCUAAUUGGUGGAUUCUUGUCGUACACUGGGAUAUAAGAAACUCUUUUUGACAUUCAACAAGGAUUGAUGGGAGCUGCGAAGGCAGGUUCGUGACAGAACUGGACGAAUUCAAGACUAAGGACCUUCGAGGCGGAGUGCUGUGACUGGCAAGGACGUAAAAACUGACGGUUAUUUUUAACUCAGUGGAAAUCAGAGAAAGACAAAAAAAAAAGAGCAAAAACAAAAUAAAUAACAGACACCCAGAUGCCGUGUCUGAAGAAACAACACGCCUUUGAACUGUUGAGCAUUUUUCAGAAUAAAAGCAGGGUACUUUUCUGGAUAUUAAAGGAACAAAGGGCCAUAUCUGAAUCUCUUCUUUGCAGCAGAGUCGCUCCUCUCUCCUGCUGCGACAGCGAGCUUGGGACACCUUUUUUUUAUGACUUAAGAAACAACACUUAGUUGAGUUUUAGACAGUGAUGUUCUGGGGACGUGAAUGUUUGGGUUCUUUUGUUUCUGUUGCAUUGUUAACACGUAUAAAUGUGAACAACCACCACCACCACCACUUUUAACAACAGUGGCCCCUUAAAGCGCAUUUACACUGCAAGCAGCUCGAGCUGAGACUAGUCAGACCUCCAUCCAUUUUCUACAAUCAGUGAAAGCUGAUUUCGACCACAGCGACUGUGUUUCCGUUAUUUGUAGUUGCAGAGAAGUUGGUUGUGGUCAAUCAUGUUGAUCUGUGUCCCUCUGUGUGCCACAUCAGUCGAUCACCCAGCUGAAGUGGUCUUUCACGCUGUAGCGGGGGGGGGGGGAUAGUUGCUGGUGGAAUGAAUGCAGAGUUACUCUCACCUACAGCACUGAGGGAUCUAGACAGAUACAUUUCUCCUCAACAACUUCCUGACAAAUACAGUAUUUCCCCCCCUGAGUGAUAGCACUACACAAAAUAAUUGACUUCAGCUUGACAUCAGCCGGAUGGUGAACACUUUGGAAAGGGAUAUGAUACCAGGGCAACAUUUCAAACAGGUUUUGAUACUGUAUAAUUUAACAGAGAAUGGAUUUUAUAGACUAGAACCAAAACUAAAGUAUAUAGGGAUUAUUAUUGGGGCAUUUUUACUGACCUGGAUGAAAUAUAAUUUUUGGUCUGGUGAAAAGGGAUCUGAAACAGCAUGACUGGAUCUAAGUGCUAGCUUUAAACUAACACAGUGUGUCAUAGACGUUUAUUUGGAGAAAUUCUAAAAAUAUAUUUAUUUCUUAGAGCAUAAAAUAUUCAUAUAUUUAGAUUAAAAAGUUAAUUGAAAGGCUUGUAGAGGAAGCCAAAAAAAAAAAUCCCUUUUCCGCUGUUAGCCUCGGUUGCUUUGCCUAUAAAUCCCUAAAUAUGGUGCUUCUGUCAGAACUUGAAUUUUAUGAGACACAGUUCAUUUACUUAGAGAUUGCGCAGGUGAGCUGAAAAGGGUUUUAACAAAUUUCUUUGUAAAACAUAUAAAUAAUGCCUUUCGUUAAUUGGUUACAUAACUCAACUUUACUUGUUUGCCCACUCGUCUCAUGGUUUGUACCAUGUGUCGAAAGAGAAAACGAACCAACGUAAAUUAAUGAGCAGCCAGUUAGCAGUUUGAAAGAGGUAACUGACCUCGGCUAGCCUCAUGGUUUAUCCAAAAAGCAUUUAAACCUUGUUGAGUUUUGAGAAGACGUUUCGUGAGUAGCUUUGUCACAGAAAAACUCAACUCAAGUGAGAGUUGUUGGGAAAUUAGUAACGAUUCAGACUCAGUGAUCACUUUUUGUUGGUUUGAACAACAGAGUGAAACCCUAAGAGCGUGUCGCACCGAAUGUGCAGUGACAACAAGUUUUAUAGUCCACGCUCACGUUGGUUCUUUGCAUGUACACCUGGAGCUGGUGGAAAGGUACUUUCUCCUAUUUACAUCUUACUUCUGCACAGAAAGGAGGUGAUGAGGUCAAAGUAUAAGUGAAGUCAAGGGAAAAAGCGAAUGUCUGCAGUCCGCGCAUAGAAAAUGUUACGUAAUUUCGCACUUAUCAUGAAUUUUCAGUGAACUUAUUUUGUCUUGCUAUGAGCUCACUGGGGAUAAAAUGUCUCAUGAGCAAAUACAGCACAUAUAAGAGAAGUCAAAAUAGAAAUGAAAUUUUCCAUUACAGCUUCUGAACUUAGAAAAACGAAAGAAAACAUCUACUCAAAACUCAAAAAGUUCAAUUGUUCUUUUAAAACGUUUUUUUUUUUUUUUUUUGGAUAUACCAUGACCUGAUGGCCAAGAAGCUUCACAAACACAUGGCCUCAUGGUUAGUAACAAAGAAACGACAUGUUUAUAGGACAACCUUGGACUUAGAGUGCGGCAUUUUCUGGCUACCUUCUACUACACACACAGGCUAACACUUUUCAUAUAGAACUUGUUAUUUUGCCUUUAUUGUUCAAUUUUACAACAUUAGCUGUAAGUUGUGAGAACACGGCUGCCAGGCAACUAUCUAGAGUCCACUGAGGCCGAGCAUAAUGAAUAGACCAGGCCUUCGGGAGGAGCAACAAAGACAUUUAUAUUAAUGAUUAACAGUUUAACUUAACUUCCAGCAUUGUCAUUUCUGAUUAUGAAACCACGUCACACCUAGUGACCUUUGGAAAACAGCCACGAGUUUGUGAAUACCACAAGAGGAAAUGGCUGUUUGUAUAAUACCAAAAAGCUAUUUGAGUUUAGUAAUUUAUCCAUUACACUGAUUGCAACUGAAAAGCAACAUGUAGGUCACAUCAAGAAUUACUCUCCUGCUAGUAAGCAUGCAAACACAGUUAGAUAUGUAGUGUAUAAAGUAUGAAACUUAAUUCCUUUUUGAGAAGUUUAUAUUAAAACAUAGACACAGUACUUUAAGACUUUGUAGGAGAGCACAGCCACCUUUCAAUCCUACAGAGGACUGAGCAUUUGAUACUGAAAGGACAGACUUUUGCUGGAGAUUAUAGCUUGUGAGGGCUUCCACGGGGUUUUGUGCACAACAGAUAGGGAUGGGAUAUGAUGGAGGGAGCUGCUGUGCUCAAUGUCUUGUGACAGAUGCAGUGAACCUGUGGACAGGAGACGAGGUCGGGCAGGAAAUCAAAGGAAUAACUCAGUGAGGUGUGUUAGUGUGGGAACGUAGCCUCAGUUGGUCUUUUAUAUCCCGCUGAGCUCCUCCCAAGCUAGUAGCAUUUUUAUUAUCCACAUAAGGAUCCAGUCAGCAGCUUCUCUGCUCUGAAUUAAUGUACCGUAAAAUGACUGUCAAUCGGUCUCAGUCUGGUUUCUAGCAGAAGGUUGUACGGCAAAGGAUUUUGGGUUCCAGUUUCUAAACUUUUAUUCUGUCAAAAAAAUCAAAAAUAUGACAUAAAAGUAGCUGAUGCACCUCUAUUAACAUUACUUGUUACUUGGAGAAUGCAUGUGAUUAAAAUUAGGGCAUGCAAGGAAAUGAUAAAAGCAAGAAAAGUCAGUUUUGAUUGGAGAAUUCACAGAUUAUGGGUUAUUUUACCACGCUGAAAACACUUUCAACCCUGUACCCUAAUUAGACAUCAUUUAAAAACAUUCCUCUCCAGCAUCCACAGUAUUUGAAAUAAUGAUUUCUGUUAGAUUCACAGAUCAGUAAAGAAAAGGAGAGCUAUCUCUGGCCCUGUGAUUGAGUCUUAUGUCUUACUAACAAACCCGCACAUAGUUUUACAAAUUUACCCCACUUCAUAUCUUUUUAGGAGCUCAGACGAGAUGCCAGUUGACAGUUGUUUACUCCUGCUUCUGCAAUGUAUGCACCUGAUUGAGUACGUUAGGUACAAGCCACAAACUCAUCACCUAUAACAUAAUCACACACACCUGGUAAACAGAGGCAAUGAAGCCUGCUUUUGUAAAUGUCAUGUUAGGGCUUUGUUGGCAAAGGUACUGUGAAGGUAGAUGGAGAAACUUAUUAGAACAUUCAGAACAUAUACAUUUGCGUGCAUGGGACGAUGAAAUGAAAAGUAAUAACUAGUUGUACUUUUCAUAUGAAUGUUUGCAGAGCUGCGAUGUAUAUUUUUGCUCUGAAAUACCAGAAUCUGCCUCGGGGGAAAAUCUGAAGUGAUGCUGACCCUGCCACACUGGAAGGCAGAAAUAAUGUUUUUAGUAACUUGAACGCAGCUGAACAUGCUGUGAACCAAGCACAAACACACCGAUCAGCCACAACAUUAAAAUCACGGAGAGGAGAAUUAAAUUACAUCAGCUUCAAUGUUCUGCUGGGAAACUUUUGGACCUAGCGUUCAAGUAUCUGUGGGAUGAUCCACAGAGGCCCCUUUCCAUAGGACCCAAAGGCCCAUGUCCAUUCUCUGAUGAGGUGCGAGGUCAGGGAAAUGGUCUGAAACGCGGUGCAAACGCGGUUCUUGAGGGAACCCUGGUCGCUAAAUGCACUAGGGCUGUCAUAAGUUUUAAUGUGAAAACACCAGCCUGCUGCAGCUGGAUGCUUCUUAGAUGCGAGGAGUUGGGUCGAUACAUAACACUUUGCACUGUAUCAGCUCAGUACAGCACCCUCUGUCUUUAGACUGUCAGUUUAGAUAAUCUAAAAGACUCCAAGAAGGUUAACCGAGGAGGAAUGUCUCCACCAUCACACAUAGUCUUGAGGUAAACUGUGUGAACACAUCAAAUUUACAAAUAGCUAUAUAUGAAAAAAGGCUGAUGAGUCUCUGUGCAGUUUUCCACUACAGGUGAAACAUUGUACACUUCACAAAGUCAUCUCAAUGCAAUGUUCUCUACUCGGCUCUGGUUUGGACAUGCAAAUAUGUUGCCGUCAUUGGCUUGGUAGCUGUUCAAACUUUGUUUGGUGUUUGGGUGCCGGGCAGCUAGUGUCCAGGGGAGUAGAUCAGUGGAGCUCUGCAAAAAAAAUUCUGCUAAAAAAUAAAAUUAGUGGAAAACUUAAUGCACAGCUGCACAACGAAAAAAAAAAAGAAGUUAUAUCUGCAGAUCCGGUUUUUCAAAUUUGAUCCAACAUAGUCGCUGAUUGAGUGUUUAAUAUCAAAAAUAUUUGCGACUAUGUCUUCUCAUCAUUAUUAUGGCUUGGCAUUGAAACACACUCACCAUAUAUAUAUAUCAUAGCUGUACAGAGGAUGUUCCCUCUCUUAACCAGUUUACAUGCAACCCUGCAGCCUCCAAGGAAUACUGGGCCUUUGCCAGAGCUAGCUCCCUCCCGUGGUUGUCUAGUUCCUUCAGUUUAAUUAUUUGAUCGCAGCGACAUAUUGCUGUAUUGAGAAUAUGUCUCAUGAAUCUAGAAUUAGUCUCUCCGUAGACGAGAUGCCUCAUGAGUCUGUUUCUCUGCACCCGGCGCCCGGUUCAGGGUACGAGCUAGAAAUCCUUCUGCUGCUUCCGACGGCAGGUUGAUCGACAGAACGAAAGAGCAGGAUGCUUCAGUACAGGUAACAGAUAAUCACAUGCUGUACUUUUUUUAGAGCAGGCUUCGAGCGGAUGAUGCACAAGCAUUAUGGAAAUGUGUAUGGAAAUGUGUUCUUACAGCAAGGCGAGAUUAAAGCCAAACUGUUCCCACAUCAACACGCAUUAACGCGGCUUGUUAAAGUUUCUCUUAAAAAAAAAACUGAAUCAAAGUGCGCAGGACCAGAGGUGCAGGACAAUUUUACCAACAAGUGCACAAAUUAUUGAACAGGUUUUUAAUCCGCUAAAGAAUAGAGCACUGUACAGCCCUGAAUAAUUUGCCUUGUGUACCAUUACCUCUCAGAUUUGCAGAUGCAAUACGUACCCUCUUGUCCAAAUCACAUUCAGGGCCUUGUUUUGUUGGUGCAGACGCGCUCUAUGCCUUGAUUCACAAAAAGAGGGCCCCCAGGCUCAGGUUCUGACAAAACAUAGGCGGCGGCUUUCAGCAGUCUGUAAAGACGGGGGUGGAAGAUGCUGAAUUUAUACGGUUGUGAGUUUCAUGAAUACAGUCCAGAACUAUGUCUCGUUUUUGACAAUGAAAACAGCCUCUGUUUUUAUUUAUUCAUUUAUUUAUUGUUUUUAGUGGGCCUGCACUGUUUCCUGGACAACAGGGAACCGUGUCAACACCCGCAGGUAGCAUCAAUGUGUUCCUCUUGCAUUUUUUUUUUUUAUUCCGUUAAGGCUCGUAGUCAUCAAAUCUCGCUUGAUUCUAGUUGAUCUGGAGUAGACAGAAUGAUAUUUUUCUUUGCUGUUAACUGUUCACGUUGGUUCAUUCUUUUGCCCUCCAGUCAGUUGUUUGUGUUGUGGAUUCGAGGUUGUGAGGUGACACGUGUGUCGUGGUGUCGCCCAGAUCUGAGCUGGGUUCCCCAAAGUGUUUGUCACUAGUCGUGUGUUUUUGCAAAGCUUUGCUUAGCCUAGAAAUAUAUAUUUUAAUAGAAUUGUAAAAAAAAAAGAAAAAAAAAAUCUGUUUAUUUUUUUUUUCCAUGUUGGUGAGAUGACAUGUGUGGGAUGCACCAUUUGUAUAACACUGAGUCAGGGGAUACACUGUAGAGGGUUAUAUUUAUGACAAGAAAGACAACAGGUAUAUAGGGAAAAAAACAAGGUUGUGUGUUUUUUUUUAAUUUUUAUUAUAAUGUGUUUCAGCGAAAUAUAAAAGAAAACUACAAAUGAAUUUCAUUCUUUCUUCUUUUUAAGUCAGUGAUUGAAGUGAGCUGCUUCAAACAACCACCAGCUCACAAACCGCUCGGCUCGGCGGCCACAGGCCUUCAGCGCUGUCUGCCAUUUCACACAGCUUUGAGUCAAACUAGUUUGUACAGACAUUUUGGGAACCACAAACCCAGAAUCCCCCUCCUGUUCUUAUCUCUCUUGCCGUACUGUGCUGUUUCCCCUACAGUGAUGGUAGAAACCUGGUGAACUGCUUUGUGGUCUCAGUGGAUCAGUAUUGCCAUGUGCUCUGUAUGUGCAAAUGUGAUAUGGGGAGGGGGGGGCUUAUUGAACUUGACGAAAUGUACUGUAUGAGAAAGGAAAGAAACGAUGUUGCAGCAGUCAGAUGAUAACAGAUGUGUGAGGAGGUGCGAAUGACAGUUAAAUAUAUACUUAUUUACUGUGUGUUAAAGUGUUUUAAACUUUUUACCCCUAAAAUAACAACAUUUAGUUGUAGAAACACAUCAGCCAAUCAGACCACCCAUACACAGAAACUAUGCACUUAUACAAAGAGCUGGCUUCACCCCCAAGAGACACCGACAGCAACAAGCAGUCAGACGUGGGUGCAGUUUACAACAUACACAGUGCCCUUCAGAAUUUUCUACACUUUUGCAUAAAAAUGACUCAAAACACUCCUAACAGUAGACAAAAAACCCAAUCAAACAAACGAAACAGAAGUAUUACGAGAAGAAAAUGAAGCAAUGUACAUAUCUGUGAGUUGCAAAAGUAUCUGGUGUGACUAUAGACUGUAUAUAAAUAUGGACAACGCGUCCCAACUCCCGUGCAUUAGCCCAAGUGAUGCUAUUUUCCCAGAGAUACAGGCGGCACCAUCUUAUGAGUUUGGAGCCAGAAUCCGUGCAGUAGGGUUCAAAUGUAGAGCCGAUUAUCGAUACUGCAUACACACUGAAUGUAUUUAUUUAUUCAGUUUGUCCUACUCGUUUAUCAUGGUAACUGGUCAUGAAGUCACAUCCUGUUUCUAUAGCGUCAAAUAACUAAAGCAAAAGUUAUCUGAUGAAUUGACACUUGAACAAAUCUCAUCCACUAACAUGGAGGAGGUGGAGCUUAUGACCUAUACUGCAGCCAGCCACCAGGGGGAGCUCUACUUGCUUUGGCUUCGCUCCUGAGGAGCUGUUCCGUUGUCCAUCUUGAUACAGUCUAUGGGUGUGACCCACUUGUGCAGCAUUAACAGCAACUAAAUGUUUACGGUAACUCCACGGUGCUCAGAUGACUUGGCCUGUCCAUCAUUGCAUAAAACCCGCCCAAACAAUUUGAUUGGAAGAUCUGAGUAGGAGCAUAAUCUGUCAUGAUAUCAAACUAAAAAAACAACAACAUCUGUGGUCACAUCUCACCCCAAAUGACUCACUUUCGGGUGAAGCAUCACUCAGCAGCAAAUACAAGAGUUGUGUUGCUGUGAAUGAGCAAAUGUGCCAGGUGCUUAUGCUGCACCACAGAUGUACAAAAGUUAGCAAGUUUCUACGAACUACGAAGACAAUUUGGCUACUGCCCAUUUACAGGAGGAAGAAGGUUUCCUUUUAAUCACAGGCAAACAGAGAGUGAAACUAAAUGGAAAUACGCUAGAAUUACUUUUAUUAUUAUACCUCUUCCUAUAUUAAUAAUAAUAAUAAUAAUAGUAAUCAUGGUAACAGUCAUUGUUGUGGUUGUUUGUGGUACUGUAAUUGAUACACAUGAAACUGCAGCGUGUUUUUAAACUGUUGGUUGGAUUGAUUGUAUUUAAGCGUCCGGGACGAGACGAGACUGAAUCAGCUGAAGAGUGAUGGUAAAAAUGAUGUGAUGUACACAGGCAAAGGCCCGCCUCCCCUCACCAAAGCCUGCCAGACACACUGUCAUGCCAACAGGUAACAUCUGGGGGGGGGGGUUAAACUAAUAAGGAUUAAUGUGGGGUUAGAGCACAAUUCACCCGUCUCAUUAACUGCAACAUGACGUGAGUUAAUUACUUUACACUGACAGCGUGCAUACAAGCCUAAUUUCACAAAUAAGAAUACUAAUGACACCUUGAAGGAAAUAUGAAAAACCUUGCUCCUCAGAGCUCGACCCAGUUUUCCAUUUGAGCAGACGCGUGCAAAGGGAUGAAACACAAGCAAAUUGGAAAAAAAGUAUCUUUGCCAGUGCAAAUACAGAAGUGAACUGUAAAUGAACGGAAAAUGAAGACACGUUUAGUGCUGAUUGGUGAAUAUAAGUGUUUUCUUCAGGCUGAAACUACUGCAGCACCAACAAUAACGUGUCUGCUGCCUUUUUACUGGCCCUAAUUCCGUUUUUUUACCAUUUAACCAUUUCGUGAAGCAUUUUUAAAUUCAAGAUUUAUCCUUAUUUGCAUCUGUUUGACUAUUUGGAUGUGUUUUCUCAAGUUGCUUCAAGGUUCUUGGUCUGUCAGAGCUGCUGUACUUCACACAUGUGUUUAUAGACCCCUUCACAGUUUGUAAACAGUGUGACUUUUUAUGAGGGGCGGGGCUUAGCUGGAGGCAAAACAUCUCAAACAGUGUAGCCUGUAAACGCCGGUUAGCAUAUUUGAACAGAUUGUUUUGGCAAGAAUGGACGAGGAAAACAUAUAUUUUUGAGAAUAUACUAAUACACUCACUCCCCGAGACCAUGACGGAGGGGUUGUCUUAAUGUCUCCUACAAAGACAUUACCAUAACUAAACAGCCCUGAAACAUCCAACUAAUGCGUUAGCGUUAGCUAGCAUUUAGCAUUAACAUUAACAUACAACAAGAAUCCCCCAGAUAAUGAUUAACUUAACGUGAUUUCAGUCACAAUUUAUUCUAUUAAUGUUAUCCAGGCUGACACUGAUGAUGCAUUACAUAUUAAUCUUAUCUACUAAGAAGUGUGCACGUUGUUGAUUGUCUCACUCCAGUCCUUUCUUUUAAUCACCAAAGCCAAAGAUUGGCGGUGGCUGACAUGUGAUACAAUUUCAAGUUAGUGUUUUUGAUUUUUGUCUCCAGCUAACGACAUGACGUCAGCGUGACAUAGGCCAUGUAGGGGUCUAUUCAAAGCUGCAAACGUAAGCAAAACAGGAAAUGCACAAGAUUGAUCUACAGUUAAACUGACUCUAAAACAUCAGAAGGAAGCUGCAGCUCUUCUGUGCAGCGGUACCAACAAGGCGAACGUUAGCUUUUAAGCAACGCAUCAAUCAAACAUGUGUCUGAGCAUGGUCCUGCGUUCAAAGUCUUUGAAUGAAAGACCAUCACCUCCCUGUGAACUACACAGAUCUCAUAUUUCACGGUACGGUAUGAUUUUGUUAUUCUGACUUUUAUUGUGCACCAUGAUGACGUCCUGGUGUACGUGGCUGUAGGUCAACCAGCGUCAACGUGUCUGGCAGGCUUUGGUUUUCAGACCGAGUGGUGGCUGUGACUCCAGUGCAGUAGUUCAGUGCCUAUACUAAAUGUGAGGUAGUGCCUCGACUAUGAAUCCUGUUCUAUAAUAAACUAUUUUGACUUGC